AGCGGCGGGCGCUCGUGGUGUGCGUAUCGUGCUGUAACGCGGGGUAGUGUUUUCGCCCCCUUCUACCUCUCCCCUGCUCUCUCGCUCGCUCUCUUUUCCUCUUUCUCUUUCCUUCUUUCUUUCUCUUUCUCUCUCUCACUUUCUCUCUCUCUCUAUAUAUACAUAUAUAUCUGUCCGCUUUCCCACGUCAUUCGUAGUCGCAGCGUUCGAACGACGACAGUGAUUUUCCGCGCGACGCUCGCACCGACGUCGCGACGCGACGCGACGCGACGCGACGUGCCGCGUCGAGCACGUGCCGCCGCGGGGAGGUUCUCGACGUUGUCGGGCAGGACGAUCCGAAUCCGAAUCCGGAGCACGUCUCCUCGGUUGCGCGCUCCGUUCGCGCUCGGUGCGUUUGUUUUGACAUGUGUGUGAGCUGCCAUAUUGGAUUACCGCAUCGCCGCCGCGCUGCUGCUCCUGCUGCCUCUGCUAUCGUCGUCAUCGCGGCCUCGACAGCCACGUACCGGGACUUCGCCAUUGAGAAAGGAGGAUCUACCGACGGAUCAGGCAUGGAACCCAUCACAACGAUUGCGCAGUACAGUUAAGAUCGGCCGGUUGAUGCCUGAUGGCGCGGGCUGGAACGCAACGCUGGAGAAAUCCUGCUCCAGAAGGUGACGAUGUGCAACGAUCGAUCGAGCUGCUGGACAAGGUGCUCUCAGAGUACGACGAGCACGACGCGGAGGGCGAAGGUGGCGGCGGCGGCGGCGGCGGCGGCGGCGGCGGCGGCGGUGGUAGCGGCAGCGGCGGGGGCGGCUGCGUCGGCGGCGGGGGCAGCGGGGGCGUUGGGGAUUGCGGCAGCAGCACGGAACCGAGUAUUGGCCUCACGCCCGACGACGAGAGUCCGUCCUUAGGACACCAAUCCGAGGACGACGGUUACAUGAGCAUGAAUGGUCGGAAGGCGAAGAUGGCACUGGUAGCAUUACGUCCGGUCCCGGACUGUCCGGAGCCGCAGGAUCCCGCGGGCGUCUCCACGCAGGAGUUCCCGCCGCCCCCGGAAGAGGCCGAGCGCAUUAUCUCGACUCUUCUGCCAAUGGUUUCCCCGGGAAACUCGUCCAAGAGGAACAUCGUCGUCGGCCAGAACCCGGAGCGGCGGAGCGCCGGCCGGCAGCAGCAGUGGAUGGUCGCCGUGGAGGAUAGCAUGCGGCACGGGAACGCCGUUACCACGCAGACCACCCUCCCGAAGACCCGGCAUCAACGGCCGUACGGCUGGGAAAACGGGACCGUGGAGUCGCUGCGACUGGCCCAACCGCCGAGCCCGCCGAGCAAGUUCGCCAGUCUGCCGUACGACGGCAAGGUGUCCUUCAACUGGAUCCCGCCGCGGACGAACCCGAGCGCGGUGGAGAAGCACCGCGAGGUGCGCCGCCGCUCGUCGGAGGAGUGCCUGGAGGACAUCGGCCGUCAGCAGCAGAGUCCGGAGCGCGAGCGCGAGCGCGAGCGGGACCGGGAGCGGGAGCGCACGUCGCACCUGAGGAAGCAGCAACGGCAGAACGAGAUCAUGAAGUCGAGCAGCGUGGAGGACCGGCUGCUGAUGAACAGGCCGGACAAGGAGUCGUCGCAGCGACGGCGCAACGACUCGGACUCCAGCGAGGGCAGGUUCUCCAGGAACUCCGAGUCGGAGAGGUCCUCCAUACCGCGCUCCAGCUCGGUCAGCGUCGAGCGCUUCUCCAUGCGCGCCAACUGCGACUCCUCGGACUUCUCGCGCGCCAACUCCACGUCGAACGAGCGCUUCCACUCGGACUUCUCGAUAGCGGUGGCGAGCGCGAGCUCGAACGACCACGUGUCCGUGCCGAGCUCCGACCCGUUCUCCAUCCGCAACCUCGACUUCGUCUCGUUCUCCUUGCCGCGCGCCGACUCCAGCGAGCACUUCUCCGCGCCCACGUCCGACCGCUGCUCCGAGGGCCGCUACUCCGACCUCUUCUCCACGAGGAACUCGGACUUCUCCGCGCGCAACUCCGCCGACUUCAGGACGCAGUCCGACGAGGAGCGCUUCUCCGACGACUCGUUGGAGGAGCUGCUGCCGCCUCCGCCGCCCAUCAGCAAGAGGCACUCCAUCGCGUGGGAGGUGUCCCUCGAGGAUGACCCGCUGUAUGCGCCCGGUAGCACCAAGGUCGUCGGCAGGAGACGGCGAAAGAGCAGUGACGUCUCAAGUGUGGGGUCCGCGUCGAAGCUGCGCGACUUCGACGACUGGCAAGACCCGCGGCUGUCGACCACCGACGACGACCUGGUCUCGCCGUACUCGGACUCGUCCACGAACGAACUCGACCAGAUCCGGCCGCAGGAGCUGACGAAGAACGGCACAUACGUCAUACGUCGCGGCCGCAAGAAGGAGCGCAAGGUCUUGCCGAAGACCCCGACCAAGACCAAGAGCCUGUCAUUCGAGAACGGCGAGGAGAGCCGAUUGUCGGACGUGAAGCGAUACUCGAGCACCUUCGACAACAUCAAGAGCCUGCUGAAGGAGGGCAAACUCGAGGGCCUGGACGAGCCACCGGCGGAGUUCACGGUGCCGGUGCCGCCGCCGGAUCUCAUCAGGGUCGUGUCGAUGCCGGCGAUCAACAACGAGACCGGCAACCGGGCUCAGCUGGAGAUCACCGUGGAAGAGGAGGAGUCGUCCGACGUGUCGGACAAGGACAAGGAGCGUGACCACACGGAGCUACCUCGGCUGCCGCCGUCGCCGAUCGAGGACGACGACCGGCCGGAGUUUCGUGCGACGGGGCGGCUGAGGGACUGCAACGGUAUGCCGGCACCUUUCCCCAUGGACUUGGACACGGGCAAGUCGUCAGCGAGCGUGCUCGCGGAGUCGCAGACGUCGAAGAAGGGCGCGAACGCGGCGAGCAGCGAGCGGCUGGUCUCCAAGAUCCCGGUGAACCUGCUGAUCGAGGACCAGAUCGUGAAGAAGGCGCUUAAGGAGAACCGCCGGCAGCUGGAGAAGGUGAGCGACGCGAUCAAGGAGAUCGAGAGCGUGAAGAACAGCGAGUCGUACUGCGACAGCAAGCGCUGGCGGAACGGCGACGUGAAGCAGAGCUCGAAGCGCAACAGCUUCGAGAACAACGAGCCGUUGGCCGAGCGGAAGCCCGCGCUGGACGGCAGUCCGUUCGACAGCAGGAGUCGGAGGCAGCAGCACAGCUCCGACUCCGAGACGUCCAAGACCAGCUCGGACGCGGACUUUGACCGGAGGAAAGCGAACGGCAACGACAUCGUCUAUUCGUCCAGCAGGCGACUGCGCCAGAACGGCAUCGAGAACCACAAGAACGAUCAGAAGCAAAUCGAGAACGUCAUCGACGCCAUCCUGGAGGACUCGAAGAACCCGGAAUUCCAGGUGAGCGUCGAGGUGAUGGAGUUCCCGCCGUUGCCGCCGUCGCCCGUCGAAGAGGCCGACGAGGAGAGCUCGGACAUCGGCCAGAGCUCGAUAAUGCCGCCGAAGUCGAAGAGCCACGGCAGCAGCAGCAGCAACAGGACCAUCGAGUAUAGGCCGAGAGUGCCGCCGCAUCGCACCCCGGUCGGCGACUCGAAGGAGCAGGCUUCCUUGAACACCAGAUCCAUGGACGCCGGCUUCGCCAGGGGGAGACGCGCGCCGGCCGCCAAUAAUUCCAGGCGAGAGGUACCCGUCGAGCGAAGAACCCUGCCCACCGACCUGCCGGGGCCAUCUCGUCGACGACCGUUCACCAAGAGGCACUCGCCCUCGGCAGAGGCGUGCUCCUCCGGCGGCGGCGGCGGCGGUGGCGGUGGCGUUGGAGGUACCGGCGGCAACGUCGUCACCACCGGCACUGCAUCCGGAAUGCAGACGUCGUGCUCUUUACCGGAAACUCCAGUGUUCGCCAGGGGCAGCGACAUCCCUAGAACGCCGCAGCACGCCGGCAACCCCACGCAGUCGAGACGGCAACCACCCGGCUGGUACGCACCGACCACGGCUACCGGUUACCGGCGAAACAAUCCCGGCCUGGAGCAGGCCAUAAUCGGCACGGAGCUGCUGCGGCUGGCGGGCGGGCCGAAUCGCGGAUGGUACCCGACCAGGAAGGCGAACCAGCCGCGGCCGGCCUCGAUCGAGCACCUGGAGCGGCUCAACAACGCCUACGACGCGCGACUGCCUGGCACCGGGGACCAGAGGAAGCCGCUCACCCUGCCCACGAACAUCACGCCCAACAAAUACUUCGGCCAAAGUAAGCACAGCUCCGCCUCCAGCACUCGCGAGGCGCUACGGAGGGUCACUAGCUUGCUCAUCAAGAAAGGAAGCGGCAACAAGGAAGGCAAAGGCAACAAGGAUAACAGUUCACCCUCGGGCCCUUACGCCGGCGCGGACAGCGGCGACGCGCCCAAGAAGAAGGGUUUCUUCAAGGGCUUCUGGAAGAGGUCGCGACACUAUUCGCUGGAGAACCAAUAGCCCACGAGGUGUGCAAGGGCGACGAGCCAGCGGCAGCAGCAGCAGAGCAGACAGGCACGACAGCAACGACAGCCGUACCAACAGCAUCAGCGGGGCAUCUCCACCACGACCCUCGGGAGCAACCCCUGCUGCUGCAUCGUCCAGUAACCCCGAUACCACGCACUCACACCAACACACACACACACACACACACACACAAAACACACACACACACACACAUACAUACGAACAGUGGUAUCGACCGCGAUGUUGUCCCUUUGCCACCCGCGACGCAUCUCUCCGUUCCUCUUACGCGACGCGAGGCGACGAGGAAUUCACGUUCCCCGUUCGCCUCCGAACCUGGUUGAUCGCUCCGGACGUUUCAGCACGAACUCGUUUCCCUCGUCGUUGCCGAAGGACCGGAAGGACACGUUCCCGCCUGUUGAAUGACCCGUUUUCUUUUUUUCUUUGUUUUUCGUCACCACGCGGUUCGAGGCCGAAGCCCGUUCUUCUUGUCGAGAAAAUGCGAAUCGACGAAAUCGGCCGGAGAUUAAUAUUCCCAAGUUUCGACCUGUCUGUUGCAUGCGCACGGCUCGUGUGCUCUGCGCCGCACACUCUCGGCUUCUCUCUAUCUCUUCGUCUUCGGCGGCAUUCGAACGAUACCCUUGUGUGCCGUCUCUCUCGUGCCUCUCGGACGGAGAGAGAGAGAAAGAGAGAGAGAAGGAGAGCCGGCAUGAUUCUGCAGCUCCGACGUGGAAAGGUGAGUCUCUGCGUGUUAUUCGUGUUAUCCCCACCCCCUCCCGUGAUCCGGGCUUUUCGACGUUUCCCCGUCGACUGGAGAUCACGGUUGCUUUAACGGAGAAAAUUUCGUGUCGUGCAACCGUCGUUUCUGGAGCUCAUGGCGUCUCCGGAGGAGAAAUUCGCCAGGGAUCUCCCGGAGAUCCCGAGACGCGGCAGAACCUCGGUAGGGGUGUCGUGCGUGUCGGGGUGCAUGGCGCCGUUGGGGUUAAUCGGCACGAUCGUCGAGGAAUCGCGUUCAGCGGAAGACGAGUUGGCAACCGCCACGGCGCGGCGCAGCGCAGCGACGUCUCCGCAACGAGACUCGUCUCGGAUCGAAACGCUUCUCUUCACGCUGUCUCUUCGUCUCUUCGCCGUCUGUCACGCCGUGUUGGCUUCCUUCGCCACGCAUUAUCACGCGCUCACACGAGGAGAGCCGCGAUUUGUGCUCGCGAUUUGUGCUCGCCGGGAAGCAAGCGCACGAGCCCGAGAUCGACAAUCGACGAAAAUUGAGAGAGACAGAGAGAGAGAGAGAGAGAGAGAGAGAGAGAGAGAAAGAAAAAAGGAAGCAGAAGGAGAAAAAGACGACGCUUCGGUCGGCUUCUCGCAAGCUGCGACCCCUCGACUCGGUCUCACGCGCCAGCGGUCGCGCUGGCGCACGUUGUGCGCCAGCUCCCGAAUCCUUCGCGCAGGUCAGAUCUGGUCUCCUUUAGAAAAGCGAAUUUUCAUUCGAUCCUUAGUCGAGUUUUGACGAGUCGAGGUCUUCUCUCUCCGGGAGAAGUUUGACUCUCAAGUGCGGAUUUUGGUAUCAUUACUGAAGCGUAACGGUGAGUUCCGAGCGAUCCGUCGCUCGGAAAUAUUCUGCACAUUGGGUUCCUUUGUUUCUUCUUUUUUUUUUCAUUUUUUUUCAUUAUUGUAAAGGGAAGAUUGUUACUUACGAACCACAAUCGUCGCGUUUCAUCGAUCGGCGAGGUCGCGCUGCUCUCUCACUUGGAGAAUCUUUUCAGCCUCCUUUUGUAAUCGAGAAACGCACGUUGCGUUUGUAGAGAUGAAAACACGAGAGAGACAGAGUAAUAAUAAUAUUAAUAAUAAUAAAAGUAAUAUAAUAAUAUAAUAUAAUAAUAGUAAUAAACGAUUCACAAUAUACAGAGUAUUCGGGUAUAUUUGAGUAUAUACUCAACUUAUAAUUAUUAUAGGAGACCCGGCGUGCAUGUGUGUACGUGUCUGUUUGUAUGUAUGCGUGUGCGUGUGCGUAUGUAUGUGCGCGCGUGUAUGUGUGAUAUCGCGAGAGAGAUGAGGCUCCAGAGGGCCGAGAGCGAGAGCGCGAGUGUGUGAUUGGUGAGAAAGUGAGGAGCGGGCGCGAGUACGAGAGUAUAUAAAAGAGAAUAUCAUACGCGGCGCAUUAUUAUUGAUACUUGACUCGUAAGUUUAUAGAAUCAUUAACACGUUGUAACGUUAUUAUUAAUGGGACGAUUAUACGCUCGCAGGCGCGACACGUACACGCGCUGUGACACGCUCACGCGCGCGUGGAAACUCGCAGAUACACCUUCACGUUCACACUUAUACACACACACACACACACACACACACACACACACACAUACACAAGCACACAUACACACACGUUAAUGAUAAUAAGAAUAAUAUAUUAUUGAUUAACAUUAUUAUUACCGAUAAUAUACGAUUAACUGAGAUUAUAGCUGAUUACGAUGUAACGAAGAAGAUCGAUGACGGUUAUGAUAAUGAUGAAGAAGAAGAAGCGGAAAAAGAAGAAGAGUAAGACGAAAAAGAAGAAGAUAAUGAUGAUGAUAAUGACGAUGAUUACGUUGAUGAUGAUGAUAAUGAUGAGUCUGAUAACGAUGCUAACGAUAAUGAUGUUGACGAUUGAUGAUGAGGAGGAGAACGAUGAUGAUGAUGAUGAUGAUAAUGAUGAUGAUAAUGUUGAUUACGAGAUCGUAUGUAUUUAAAUAGAAUUUUUAAGUCGAUGUGUCGCGCGUUCAUUCCCUCGGAUAUCAGACAGAGACGACCGCGAGACGGUAACUGGAAGCCGGUCGUAUGCCAAAGAUUGUCCCCGUAGUGCGUCGUCGAGCUCGAGAAAAGUCGCGUAGUCGAAGGAGAUUAUCGGCGAACCUUUCAACCAGCGUCUUCUCGUACAUUUGUACACUGUUUUCUAUCAUGUUAAUCGAUUUUGGAUAUUCGCGGCCACAUGAUUUCAACGCUUAUUAUUAGGGAGAGAUAGAGAGAGAGAGAGAGAGAGAGGGAGAGAGAGAGAGAGAGAGAGACGAUCGGAACGUGCGGGAACGUGGGAAACGGAAGAAAAGAAGGAAUAAAAACAAACAAACGAUUGCGUUAAUUUUUCACAAGAAGAGUCACGUUACGUCGAUCGAACAUAGAUAUAUAUAUAUAUAUAUAUAUAUAUACAUGUGUGUGUGAAGGAGAAAGUCUCUUUUCAUUUUUCUUUCUUUUUCAAGUAUAAUGUUCGGAUAUAUAGAGAAUAUUCAGUGGAAACGGUCCGAGGCAAAAGGGCGGCCGUAAUGUCGCUCGAGAUGUCCCAGCGAGCGUCGCGCGCGCGCGGUCGCCGGGCAGAAGCGAGAUAAUCGCACGUGUUCACUUGGCGCGACGAAGAGAAAGGAAAGGAAAAGAGAAAAGAAAGAGAGUGAGAGAAAGAGAAAGAGACAGAAUCGCGUACGAUCCUCUUGCCUCCGACGUGUCCCGAUUAUUCGUUAAGUGUUAGACGAAUUGAGACGCUUGAGAAAUAUAAUUUAUCUUACUAAACACAUUCUGCUUUAUCAUUUCUCUCUCCAGAGUGCGCUCUUGGGAGCGCGAGUCCAAGCGAGCGACAGCAAGCUCGUUUCUUCCCGCUACAACCUUUUUCUCUUUCUUCUUCGUUCUUUCGAUCGUACCUCAAUCUCGUCGGGACGCGCGGCGACGUCGUCGUCCUGUAUUUUCGCUUUCCGUCGAUCCGUUUCGCGCGCGCGCGCGAGGAAGAGAGAGAGAGAGAGAGAGAGAGAGAGAGAGAAGAUGAUGGAGAGACGCGUCGCGCGAGCGGCAGCACGACCGGUCCGGAGGAUAUUCGCGCGGAACGAACGGUAACGAUGGCGAGCGCGGCGCGCACGACAGGUGAUCUCCCCCGAUCGGCAAAGGACGAUGAAAAUGGGCAUUCACGGAGCAUCCGUCACGAGGCAAGGUACAAAACGUUGGCUACGCUGCGUCGUUCAGCCGUUUCGGCGUACUUACCGAAUAAGUCACGUUUAAAGGUAAUCUAGAUAAGAGCGUUCACACACACACACACACACACACACAGAACAGAGCGCGGCGCAUUAAUGGCCGUCGCAGCCGACUAAUUAUCGUCGCGUCUCUCGUGGCUCGUGGAUCGGGUCAAGCUGGAAACCGGGCGAGAUCUAUGGCCGCCGCGGGUCACUUGGAGCAGCUCGAAAGCGACGAGACCGGGAUUAAUUCGGAUCGAUCUGAACGAUCGAAGGGUUCUCGAGCGGAUGAAUGUGAAAUAUUUCUCAUUAAUUCCCGGAGAAUAUUGCUGGGCUCGGCUAUCCGACUAUUUGCGAAGCUUGACGUUUCAUUCUCGCCGACCGGAGAGAACUUCGGUCUUUUCUUUUCUACUUGUCAUUUCUUCGUUUUCCUUCGCGCUGCUUCAGUCGAAUGUUUGAGUUCUACGUUAAAUCUGCGGGUCUCGUCAAACUUGAGGGACCAGAGGAGGACCUCGAAGUGUAACGCUAGUGUAGGUUAUUGUCUUUUGAUGCUACGGUUAAUUAUCUGUUGCUAUUUUGUUGAAGCUUGGGAAAGAUUUUUAUUUGACAGGCUCUACUACUAUCUCAACGGUCCAUGUUGAAUCUCCGGAAGAGCUCACAAUAAUCCACUUACUUAAUUUUUAAUUUUAACAAGUAAUGCAUUAGUUGUAUGACUUACUCAACCACAGAUAAAGUGUUGCGAUAAAUAAGUAUAAUUUGAUAAAGAUUGGUAGCGAUUGAUGUUAAUUUUAAAGGCCAGGACGCAGACAGUGGCGCAUUAUAUAUUUUCAGGUGUGUAAAAUUUAUUACUCCGAUCUCAACGGACGUGAUUGCCGAAAUUGCCGAGAGAAUGAGGUUUGCCGAGUCGAGAUUUAGAAUCUGUUCUCAGACCGGCAUUCGCAAUAGUCCGUAAUUGUUUGAUAAAUAAUAAAUGGAUUUCUAUGAA